CAGGAGCGUUAUGGUAAAUCCAUGGUUACGUCUGAUGAUGUUACACUACCAAAGCUUGUUAAAAACUCAAUAUAUCUUAACUAAAAAUAAAAAAAAUGUAAAUAUAAAUAAAAAAAAAAAAAAAAAGAGUAAAAUAUUCAAAGCAUCAAAAGUAUGUCACUGAUUGUGCUUGAGUGUCGAGACAACGUGACAACCAUUAUUGAGAUUAUUACAAUUGGUUUUUGUGUUAACAUUGAUAAAUGGAGGAGGUGUUGAAGAUAUUUCAAUUAUUAGUGAACAAUGAACAAAAGAAUACAACAUACAUCAAAAAAAUAUUUAUUUGAUUGUUUAUUUAUAUUUUUUUUUCUUCUCUUUUUUAAUAAAUAAAAAUAAAUUUAAAGCAUUUUGCAAUUGCUCAAUUAAAUAAUCAAUUUUUUAAUAUAUAAUUAUUAUAUUCUAUUUGUAAACAAAUAUUAAGUGUUUUUUUUUUUUUUCUCUAAUUAAAUUUAAAUGUUAAUUAAUAUAUAAAAUUUAUGUGAUUUAACAAGGUCAUAGUGUGGAGGAAAAAUAAAUUAAGGCAUUAAUCUACAUGUAAAAUUUUGGCUGUUAUCAUAUCGUGGUAAAUUUAUUCGUAACCAAGGAAACGCCAUGAACGAGCGGGAAAUAAAAAAUGAUAACAGCUAUUUAAAAAAUGAGGAAUAAUCAAAAUUGUAUAAUUAAAUUAAUAAUACUCAUGGAUUAACUAGAUAAUAAUAAAUAAAUAAUGAAAAAGUAAAAAAAUUUUUUAAUAAAAUUAAUUAUCAUUAAAUGAAUAAUAACAAACAAGUACUGAGAGAAAAAAAUUAUAUAUAAAAAGUAUUAUUGCAUUUGUUAUAAAAUGUAGAAUAAUGCAGAGAAAAAAAAGUUGUAAUGAGAUAGCAAUAAUAAUAGUAACAUCAAGACUUUCUUGACACUCACUCAUUUCAACUGUCAAGAACUUGAGAAAAAUAUAAAUAAAUAAAUAAAUAAAAAUAAACUUGACAGUAGUACAAUUAACGAUGGAAAUGAAGAAAAAUAAAAAACAACAAAAGCAUGAUUUACGGUCAGUUGUGAGUGGUCAUAUUGAUAAUACAAACAUGGCUAUUAUUGACAAAAAUAAAGGUGACAAUGCUGAAAGCUCAGGCAGUGAAACGGAAACUGAACCAGCACGAAGCUUUCAUCGUAAACUAAAUACAAAUCGUGCCAUCAAAAAUGCAAUUUGCUGGAAAGAGGGUUUUUUGAUGAAACAAACAUGGUCAUUUCAACGAUGGCGACGAAGAUAUUUCAAAUUGAAAGAUCGUACGUUAUACUAUGCCAAGGAUUCCAAGGAUCAAAUUUUUGAUGAAAUUGAAUUAACUGAUUUGACACUUGCUGAAUGUAGUACUAAAAUCGCAAAUCAUAGUUUUCAAGUCAUAACACCAUUUAGAUCAUUGGUACUUUGUGGUGAAAGUAGACAAGACAUGGAAGACUGGUUGAGUGUAUUAAGAACUGCUGGUGAUGGUAGAGCCCAGGGUGAACCUGGUACUGCUGAAUUUUUAGGUGGUAAUCAUCAUUGGUAUGCAACAAGUCAUGCAAGACCAACAUAUUGUAAUGUUUGUCGUGAUGCUCUAUAUGGAGUUACAUCACAUGGAUUAAGUUGUGAAGUAUGUAAAUAUAAAGUUCAUAAAAGAUGUAGUCCAAAAGCAAUUAAUAAUUGUAAAUGGACAACACUUGCAUCAAUUGGAAAAGAUAUUAUUGAAGAUCAAGAUGGAAAUAUUCAAAUGCCUCAUCAAUGGUUGGAAGGUAAUUUACCAGUAUCAUCAAAAUGUAUUGUUUGUGAUAAAACAUGUGGAUCAGUUUUGAGAUUUCAAGAUUGGAGAUGUUUAUGGUGUAGAGUUACAAUUCAUACAGCAUGUAGACCAUCAUUAAAUCCAGUAUGUCCAUUGGGACCAGCAAAACUUAGUGUUGUACCACCAACAGCACUACACAGUAUUGCAGGUAGUGAUGAAGCAUGGGAAGCAGUUAGACCAACUAGCUGUAGUCCAUUAUUAGUAUUUGUCAAUAGUAAAUCAGGUGAUAAUCAAGGUGUUAAAUUUUUAAGAAGAUUUAAACAAUUAUUAAAUCCAGCACAAGUAUUUGAUCUUAUAAAAGGUGGUCCUGGACCAGGGCUUAGAUUAUUCAGGCACUUUGAUCCAUUUAGAAUACUUGUAUGUAGUGGUGAUGGAUCUGUUGGUUGGGUACUUUCUGAAAUUGAUCGAUUAGGAAUGCACAAACAAUGUCAAGUUGGUGUAUUACCAUUGGGUACUGGUAAUGAUUUGGCAAGAAUACUUGGAUGGGGUUCAUCUUGUGAUGAUGAUACACAUUUACCUCAAUUACUUGAAAAAUAUGAAAAAGCUGGAACAAAAAUGUUAGAUAGAUGGAGUAUUAUGACAUUUCAACGUAGUAUAACAUUACCAUGUCAUAAAAUAUCAUCAAAUCAAAAUGAAACAAUAUUAAAUAUAUCAAUGGUACAACAAUAUGAAAAUAAUGUUAUAUCACAUUUAACAAAUUUAAUACAAUCAGAUCAAGAUACAAUAAUAAUAUCAACAGCAAAAGUAUUACAUGAUACUGUUAAAGAUUUUGCAUCAAGAAUAUUAGAAGCAAGUUUAAAUAUUGGUGAUCAAGUGUUAAGUGAAAAAUGUCAAAUUAUUGAACAAAAACUUGAUUGUUUACUUGAAACAUUAAAUAAUAAUAAUAAUAUUGAUAAAAAUAUAUUAAAAAUUGAUAAAGAUAUUGAAAAAAUAUCAAAUAAUUUAUCAAGAUCAUCAACAUUUCCAUCAACUGGUGAAAUUGAAAAAAGUGUACUUGAAAAACCAGAAAAAGAUAUGACUAAUUUUAAAAAAUUACAAAAAAAUAAAAGUAUUAUUAUUGAAAAAGAUGUUAUAUUAACACGUGCAAAUAGUUUAAAACGUGCAAUAAGACAACUUGUUGAACAUACUGAAACAUUUAUUGAUGAACAAAAAAAUAUAACAACAACAACAACAACAAAUAAAUUAACAACAACAACGACAACAACAUCACCAACAAUGACUGAAGAUAUUGAUAAAAUUAAUUUAUAUGAAAAUAAAAAAUAUAAUGAUAAUUAUAGUAAUUAUCGUAUGAAUAAAAGUAAUAGUAAUGCAUUUUUAUUACCAAUUAUUGGUACAUCAAUGAAUUUUAAUAAUGAUGCAUCACCAUGUCCAAGUCCAACGCCAAAUUUAAUGUCAUUAAGUCCAAUGCCAGAUUUACGAAGAGAUUCACAAGCUGAUGAUAUGCUUACAUUACCAGCACCAGAUGGUUUUGCUGAUAGCCGAAGAAAUAGUUCCAACAAUAUGCCACAUGAGGUUUUUAGUUUUUCAAAUUCAAUUGAUGAUUCAUCAUGUCAACAAUUAACAAUAACUGAAAAUAAUAAAUAUUCUGAAAAAAGUGAAAAUGAAUCAACAAAUAAUAUUCAAGUUACAAUAACAAGUUCAACAUUAGAUACAACAACAUCACAAACAGAUGAUACAACUGUACAAGAUGCAAUGAUAUCACCAGAUUCAGAUUCUAGCAAUUAUGGUAAUAUAUCAGCUGGAUUUAUUCAUCGAACAGAUAAUGCAACUAAAACUGAAGUAUCAAGAAGUAGCUGUAGUAACAGUAUUGUCAGUUCAGAUAGUCUUAAUUCUGAUACAUUAGAUUCAAAAAGUUAUACUAUUAAACAUAGUGAAAGUGAAAUUGGACACAUAGACAGUGAUAUUCUUGAUUCAACAAAACAAUCAGAAUGCUCAGAAAUUGGACAUAUUGAUUCACCGGAAAAUUCAGAAUUACAAAAUUCAGAAAGUAUUGUUGAAGAUUUAAGUUCAUUGGGACCAGAUUUAAUAAGUACAAUGUUAAGUGAAAAAUAUGAUUCAGUUAGAGAAUGCGUUGAAAAUGAUCGUACAGAUAAACCAAAAAAAUAUUGUUCAUUAGCAAAAUUUGUUGAGGGUAAUGAUAUUGCAAGACGUUCAUUUAAAAGACCAUCAAGAUAUUUAACAUCAUUAACACCAAAUACAAUUGAUACUGAUUAUCAAAUGGCUAAUUGUAAAAGUUCAUUAUUAAGUCCAGUUUGUUGCUUCAAUGUAACAUCAGAUACUGAUAAAUUAAAUGAUAAAUUAACAGCAUCAAAAUUUCCACCAGCAAUAAGUGUCAUUGUUGAUCCACCAAGUCCAUCAAUGUCAAUGAAAAGUUCAAUAAAUAAUAAUAAUAAUGAUGAUGAUGAUAAUAAUUUAUUAAAUCGUCGUGAUAGUGUUUGUAGUAUGGAAAAACUAAGUGUUGAAUUACCAGAUAUUGGUUUUUCACCACAAGCAACAAGACGUAUUAGUAGUGGAAGUUUAUUAAAAGCAUCUGAAGUUGUAUCACUUGCAGCAACAGCAGCACGUUUUGGUGGUUCAUCAAUGAGUCUUAAACAUGAUCGUACAAAAUCUGUUGAUAAAACAGAAGAAAUUAAAAAAUUACCAAUUAUAAAUCCACUUGUACAAUUACCAAUGUGGCCAAAUGUUAGUGGUGCUGGUGGUUUAAUAAGUCAAGCAUUAUUAGCAAAUGCUGAUGCAUUAUGUGCUGCAGUAUCACCAUUAAUGGAUCCAGAUGAAACAUUAACUGAGGGCUAUUUUGAACGUUGUGUUAUGAAUAAUUAUUUUGGUAUUGGUAUUGAUGCUAAAAUAAGUUUAGAUUUUCAUCAAAAAAGAGAAGAACAUCCAGAAAAAUGUAGAUCAAGAGCUAAAAAUUAUAUGUGGUAUGGUGUACUUGGUUCAAAACAAUGGCUACAAAAAACAUAUAAAAAUCUUGAACAAAGAGUACAAUUAGAAUGUGAUGGACAAAGAAUACCAUUACCAUCAUUACAAGGAAUUGUUGUUUUAAAUAUUCCAAGUUUUAUGGGUGGUACUAAUUUUUGGGGUGGAACAAAAGAAGGUGAUUUAUUUUUAGCACCAUCAUUUGAUGAUAGAAUAUUAGAAGUUGUUGCUGUAUUUGGUUCAGUACAAAUGGCUGCAUCACGUUUAAUUAAUUUACAACAUCAUAGAAUAGCACAAUGUCAAUCAGUACAAAUAAAUAUACUUGGUGAUGAGGGUGUACCAAUACAAGUUGAUGGUGAAGCAUGGGUUCAACCACCAGGAAUAAUAAGAAUAAUACAUAAAAAUCGUAUGCAAAUGCUUUACAGAAAUAGAGCACUUGAAUCAUCAUUAAAAACAUGGGAAGAAAAACAAAAAAAUCAUAAUAGUAAUAAUAAUGCAUCAACAACAGUAUCACAAUCAACAUCAACAAUGAGCAAUACAUUACAAUCACGUUCAUCUUUUAACAUUGAAAGUAAAUCAAUACAAUUAUAUGAUGAAGAAUUGACAAUUUUAAUUAGUUUUAUUGAAGUUGUAACAACACUUGUUAAAUGGGUUAAAUUAUUAAUAAUAUCCCAUCCAAGUAUUGAGCCUGAUUUAUAUCAAAUAGCUGACAGAACAGCAUUGAGCCUUGAAAAAGUUCAUCCAGACGGAAAGAUUCUUGAAGGACCAAGUUUGCGACCGGUCGUUACAGAAGUCGUGACAAACGCCAGGCAACUUUAUGAAGAAUCAUGUGAAUUAUUACGCGACAAAGCUCACAAUCUUAGACUACGUGAAGAUUUGGAAAAUAAAUUAUCACAAUCACUCGCUCAAAUGGAACAAGAAUUACGCAAAUGUAUUUUUGAUGAAAGUGGAACAGGAAUGGUUUAUCUGCAAAAUAUUCCAUCAGAAGAUCAGAAUGAUAAAAAAACUCGUCAUCGUGGUUUAUUCUGGUUGAAGUUUCGUCGAUCUGGAGGUGGUACUGGUAAUCAUCUUGCACAUGAACAAGCUACAACAUGGAAUGUUCAAGAUGUUUGCUCUUGGUUGGAAAAUCUUCAACUUGGAGAAUAUACUGAUCAAUUUAUAUCACAUGAUAUACGAGGAAAAGAAUUAUUAACACUUGCACGACGUGAUUUAAAAGAACUUGGUAUUGUUAAAGUUGGACAUGUCAAACGUAUUCUACAGGCAAUUCAUGAUUUAAAUAAUUAAUUUAUUCAACUGGAGUUUUAAUUGCGGGCUGUGUUAAAGCGUACAGGCGUACAAAACAAAUGAAAAUUAAUAAUAAUAAUUAUUAUUAUUAUUUAAACAAAGAAAAAACUAACUCAAGUAGGAUUUUAUUAUUAUUUUAUUAAUCGAAAAGAAAAAAAAAGAAAUCUUGCUUGAGUAGCACAACAGUAUUAUUAUUAUUGACGUAAAAAAUAUCAAAAAAAAAAAGUUAAUUGUUGAAUCUCAAAAACAAAAAAAAAAACAAAAAAAAAUCUUUGCUCCAUACUUAAUUGUUAAAAAAUUUUUACUAUGCUUCCUAUGAUAAUUUUAAAAAAUACUAGUUUCGAAUUUAACAUUUAUUUAUUUAUUUAUUUGAAUUAUUUAUAUUAAUUUUUAAAUUUUUUAAAAAUAAUUAUUUAAAUUAUAAAUAAAUUUUUUAUUUAUUUAAAUAUUGCAAGACAAUUUUUAUUAUAAAAAUAAGAUUUUUAUUUAAUUUAAAUUCACAAGUUGAGUGGUGUAAUUUCUUGGUAUAUUUUUAUCAACGUAAUUUGAUAAAAAAUAAUAAGUAACAACGAAAAAAAUAAAAUUUAUUGUUAAUUAUUAAUUAAUAUCGUUUGGUGUUUAAGCUCAAAUUGUUUAUCAAUUACAAUGUAUACAAUUAUUUAAUUAGUUUUUUUAAUAAUAUCUAAUUAAUUUAUCAAAAAGCAAUGAAGAUAAAAACAAAUCUUUCCACUAAUUAUGUAUUUUUAAAUUAAUUAAUGUUUAAUAUUGUGCAAGUACUUGAUUAAUUAUUUAUUUUUUAUUAUUUUCUUUUAAAUAUUUGGCAUUAUGAAUUUCUCAUUUUUCAAGUGUCCUUAUUUUUGUCAAUGACGAAAUAAUUAUUAAUCCAAAAUAUCCAUAACUUUCUUUUCAAUCUUCUUCUUUUUCUUCUUUUUCUUUUAUCAAUUUUUCUUUUAAUUAUUUUCAAAUAAAACCCAGUACAAUUGUAAAUUUUAAACGAAUUUAAGAAGAUAUGGGACUCAAAAUUCGUCUAACACUCGUAUUUUUUUUUCAAAUUAAAAAACAAGACACGAAUAUUUAAAAAAAUGCAAUUAUCAAGAGCUUUUUUAAUGAAAGACAAAAUAAAUAAUUAACCAACAAUAUUAAAAAAAUAGAAAUAUAUAAUAUCACAAAUGAAAAGUAAAUAAUAAUAACUAUUAUUUUUUUUUUCCUUUUUCUUUUGGAGAACUAUUUUACAAUGCCUUUACAUCUACAACACUUAUUUGCCUUUUCAAUAUACUUAUUCUAGGAUAAACUUUUCAAGUGAUCAAGUCAAAAGAUUUUGAAUCUUCUGCAAAAAAAAAAAAACACAAAUUGUUACAAAACUCUAGUUGUAAUAUUUUUUAAGAAAAAAAAAAAAAAAAAACGAAAAAAAUAACAA